CUGGAGCAGAGCACAGCUUCGCCAUGGAGCACCGCCGCUACUGCCUCCUGCUUGGCCUGGUCCUGCUUGGCCUCGGCCCUGCAGCCUCCAGGAAGUGUGAUCUGCAGGGCCUGUGGAGAAAUGAGCUGGGCUCCAACAUGACCAUCUCAGCCCUGGACGUGGCUGGGACCUUUUCCGGCUCCUACCAGACAGCGGUAGCAGUCACCAACAAGCAGAUCCUGGUGUCACCGCUGCAAGGGGCCCAGCAGCCCGCCGGCACCAAGGGGCAGCAGCCCACGUUUGGCUUCACUGUGCAGUGGCAGUUUGCAGCCCUCGGUUUACCCCCAGACUCCACCACUGUUUUUGUGGGACAGUGCUUCGUGGACCGCCGUGGGAAGGAGACGCUGGAGAUGGCAUGGCUGCUGCGGGAAGAGGUUCCCUCCCGCAAGGACACCUGGAAGGCCAUCAGGGUUGGCACCAACGUCUUCACCCGUGUCAAGUGAUGGGGAGCACUGCCUGUUCCUCAAGAUCCUGUCUGCAGCACCUGGGAUCUCUGCUGCCUCCUCACUGUGUCCUGCUGCCCACCUGCUGCAUCCCUGUGCCUAUGCACCACGAGCCAAAUAAACCCUCCCGCAACAGCAGA